AUGCUAGAUAACGAAGAGCCGUGGAUGCCUCCAAGAAUGCAGGCAAUAUCGCAAGCACCAAAAGUAUUACCUCAAGUUCCAGAACUGACAAUUAUUUCGACAGAAAAUAAGCAAAAUGGUAAUAAAACGAAUUUCCUUCAACGAGCAAUUUUAACUGAAAAAAAUUUAAAGCCACAAAGCAGUCACAAUGAUCCAGUGAGAUUCCAGCCACAAAUUGGAACUAAGGACAAUAGAUUUGGUGAGAAUUCAUACAAAAAGUCACCUACAAAUAUUUUAAAAGAAGACAAUAAAGCAUAUCAGCCGAUGAAUUCAAAGCCACAAGUUCCAGACGUAACAAUCCUUGAUGAUGAUAAGCAGACACAGUCACCGAGCUCGACAGAACGAGUAUUCACAAAUUCUUAUAAGGAAAUGAUGAUAAAUUCACAUAAUCAAUUUUUAAAGCAAUUUACAAAGGAACAAAAUGUUAAUACAGCACCAAAAUAUCCAGAAACAGCUAGGUACAAGCAGAAUCCACUUACUAAAUACAUUCCAAGUCCAGAAGCACAAAGUUACAAGCCAUAUAAAGACGGAAAUUCAUCCUCAAUAUUAACAGACAUAGACAUAACUCAAGGCAACAAUAAUAUUGGCAGUAAAAAGGAUGAGACCGAGGAAGUGACAUUCAAAAAAGUAGCUGAAAUGCUCAGUGAGAUCCAGAAGCUUGUUAUUCCAGAACAGUCACUUCAAUCUCCAAAUAGCCGACAAAAGUCAAAUAAUUAUGAAAUUCUGAAGCAAUUAGCCAAUAACUAUUUGUCACAAGAGGAACUGAUGAAAUAUCAAGUUGAUAGCGAAUUAAGUGAAUUAGAAAAAUGUCAAAUGCUUUAG